AUGUCAAUUUGGGAGGAUGUAGCUGUAGCAACACCGCUAGAAUAUCCAAAUAAACAAUCUCCAACAAAUGCUGAAUUAGCUCUUAAACGGCACACAGCAAAACUUGGCUUGACAAAUCACGCCAGAAGAAUUAAGCCGGAGGGCAGCGUUCAAAAGUCAUUGACAAAUGUUUACUCAUCAACGGAACACUAUAACCAGCAUAGUAGUCUGUCAACUCCUCGAUCACAGGAAUGGUUUUAUGAAGAAAAGGACAGUCUAACUAAACGAAAGCGUUCAUCGAAAUCCGGUUGCUCAGCGUGCAUAACAUCAACUCCAUGUCGAUACAUCACAAUUGGUGUUUUCUUGGGAUUGUUAUUAAGUUUAGCUGCGAUAAUUCCUCUUCUCAUUCUCUGGAAAACAGCAGGUUCUGGAACAAGUACAAGUGGAUCCAACUCGGGCACUUCAUCUUUGUCGAGCUCACUAAUAUCUCCCGGUCUCAAGACUUAUACUACCAUUGAUCAAUGUUCUACCUACUUUUGUGAUGAACGCCUUUUUUUCGAGACAAAUAUGACUUCGACAGAGCUCGCAUUGAAAAUAACGGUUCAACGCACGGGCAAUGCAACGUACACCAAUGCAUUUAACAAUUACAGUCCAAUAUUGAGUUUCAACUGUACCGACAGCAGUUCCUAUUUUGAAUGUUUUUUCUUCCUUCAAUCUGGUCAAUUACCUGCUGGUAACUAUACAGCAGCUGUUCAAUUCGGUCUUUCGAACCUAAAUCAUACCUCCAGUAUGGAUACAUAUUCCAUUUCAACAAAGAAUAUCUGUGGAACUGUCGCUACAGCCUCCGGACAUUUUUAA